AGUGCUUCGAUAAAGUGUGGUUAGAAAGUGAGUGAAAAUGUUCCCUUAAAGAAAAUAAACAGUGCUGUGGUUUUAUUUUGUUGGUUUUUAAGUUAUAUUCGAUAUAUAUAAAGUACAUGCAGAACAACAACGCUCGAGAAAGGACAGCUUACCCGCAAAUGAUGAAUAACCGUGAAAAGGAAAAGUAUAUUGAAAAUUACAAUUUCCCCUAUUGUGAUGAGUCUGCUAAAUAUGAAAAGGUGGCGAAAAUUGGACAGGGAACGUUUGGGGAGGUUUUUAAGGCCAAGGACAGAAGGAACUCGCAAAAAUUUGUUGCAAUGAAGAAAGUGCUUAUGGACAAUGAAAAAGAAGGGUUCCCUAUCACAGCCCUGAGGGAGAUAAGAAUCUUGCAGCUUCUAAAGCACGAAAACGUCGUCAACUUGAUAGAAAUCUGUCGUACGAAGGCGACGCAGAGCAACCGCUACCGCUCGACGUUCUAUUUGGUGUUUGAGUUUUGCGAGCACGAUUUGGCGGGAUUGCUGUCGAACGUGAACGUGAAGUUCAGCUUGGGGGAGAUCAAGAAGGUGGUGCAGCAGCUGCUGAACGGACUGUACUACAUACACAGCAACAAGAUUUUGCACAGAGACAUGAAGGCGGCCAACGUGCUGAUAACCAAGAACGGGGUUUUGAAGCUGGCGGAUUUCGGGCUGGCUAGAGCGUUCAGCACGAAUAAGAGUGGCGUGCCGAACAGGUUUACGAAUAGGGUGGUGACUCUGUGGUACAGGCCUCCGGAGCUGUUGCUGGGGGAGCGCAACUACGGCCCCCCCGUGGACUUGUGGGGGGCGGGAUGCAUAAUGGCGGAGAUGUGGACUAGGUCGCCCAUAAUGCAGGGCAACAGCGAGCAGCAACAGCUGACGCUGAUUUCGCAGCUGUGCGGUUCCAUAACGCCGCAGGUGUGGCCCAAUGUGGAUACUUUGGAGUUGUACAGAACGAUGGAGCUUCCGCAGCAGCAGAAGAGGAAGGUCAAGGAGCGCCUGAAGCCGUACAUGAAGGAUCCCUACGCCUGCGAUUUGUUGGAUAAAUUGUUGGUGUUGGAUCCCUCCAAAAGAGCCGAUGCCGAUACAGCGUUGAAUCACGAUUUCUUCUGGACGGAUCCCAUGCCCUGCGAUCUGGGCAAAAUGCUGGCCAGUCACACCACGAGCAUGUUCGAGUUUUUGGCGCCCCCCAGGAGGUCCACGCAGAUGAGACACCAUUCGUUACCCAGACCCACUACGUCCACAGUACAAGAUGGGGGCUACAUUGAUAGAGUUUUCUAGUUAAAGUACUAAAUGUAGGUUUUAAUUUUUUAUUUUUACCCAAG